AUGACGUUCCGAGAAAGAGUCAAAAAGGCCUUCCGACGCAAUUCAGACAAGGACAAGAACAACGACAAACCCAAAAUCGAAUACUACCGUCGAGGCGAAUGUCCACGUUCCAAAUACCGUGGCCCCGUUGACCCGGAACAUAGACGGAAACUGUACGAUUGGAAUUUUGAGGCAGCGACAGCUGAUCGGGAACGUUCCUUUGAGUUGGAUUUGUCGCCUUGUACGAGUCUGCCGGAUCAGCCUCGUGACGAUCAUGAUAGUGACACUACGACCCUCGAUGAUGGGUCGGAAAAUGAACCGGAAGUAGAACGGGCACAGCAUAUUCAGAUUAUCGGCUCACGUUCUAUUACCGUCGCGCAUCACGAAGUAGCCCUCUCAGGAUCAUUCGACACCAAUUCAGACCAGUCCACGGCCGUUGUCUCGAGUUGUCAUUCCUCGUUGACACUCAAGGAGAGCUGGGACUGGCCUGUUACCAAGCGUGAUGCACUUGGUUCAUUGAAGGACACUUGGGCAAUGAUGGCUCCUGUGACGCGUCGCAUAUCCGCACCGGAGAAGUGUUUGCCGUUUGACCCUCAGGAAUUGAGUAUGGCGUUGAGUGCCGUCAGGAUUGUGUCGUAA